CCACCAGCCCCACUCAGCUGUUACAGUAAGCCUCCUUUAGUUUGCCACAUGCAUUUAUUCAGCAGUCUGCGGUGCUGAGCAGGAGGGGAGUCGGGCAGGCAGUAUCACCACGCGUCGGAUUGAACCCCUUCAGUCAGUUUUGAGCAACUUGUUGCGCAGCUGCUAUUCCUAUCCUCCUCUGCACUGCUGUGUGUUCCCAUCGGCUUCACGGUGGUAUUUUUCUGUGGAGGAAGAGCAUAUGGAUGAAGUGAUGAAGCUGGAUAUCGCGGACCCGUGGAGUCAUUUGACCUGUUUGUGUUGGUUUUUGAAGACGUCCUGCAGCCUACAGUGAAUGUUCGAGUCUCUUUAAUAUGAUCUCAGAGACGGGGGAUGCGGGUCAUGAGCUGGACGCGUCCUUGCCACGGACUAGACUGGAGCCACAGCCUCUUCUACCUGACUUUACUCCUGUGGACCAGACGCAUGAAUGGACUGGCUGACUUUUCAAACUACCUGUCCAGGAUCAUCACCAGUCACUCUGCUCACGCGUGCGAUGGACAGCCUCUGCGGCUCCACUGUCCACGUCACUCCACCAUCUCCAUCCAGUCUGCCUUCUACGGGAGUGGUGAGGCGCGGCUGUGCAGAGCAGACCCUCCGCUCGGAGCCCACAACCACAGCUGUUCAGCUUUUACUGCGCUACAGAAGCUGCUGUCGGAGUGUCAGAGCCACAGAGAUUGCCAGCUGCCUGUCAACCACCUGCUGUUUGGGAAGGACCCCUGUCCUGGCACUGCCAAAUACCUCCAUGUGGACUAUAAGUGUAAACCAACUGAACACAAAAGACAUGUGGUAUGUGAGGGAGAGAUGAUGACUCUGCGCUGUAAGCCCCCCAGGGUUCUGAACAUCUAUUCAGCUGUCUAUGGGAGAAGUCUGGGCCAGACUGACACCUGCCCCUCACACCUGACAAGACCACCCCCAUUUGAGUGUCUGAACCACGAGGCCGUACACUUGGUGUCCAAGUCAUGCUACAGCAAACAGAAGUGUGUUGUUGCUGUCAGCAACCAGACCUUUAGGGACCCCUGCUUUCCAGGAACCAGGAAGUACCUCAAUGUGGUCUAUUCUUGUGUACCGCAGGCUCUACUAAAGGAGGCAGACCCUUACAUAUUCAGCUCCACCUCAUCUCCCACUGUGGACACAGAAAAAGCAGCUCCUCCUACAGAUCUGGAGGAGCCUUUUCCCAAAGGGUCAAAAAGGCCAGACAACUCAGGAGCAAUGAUGAGCAACUCUCUCUUGACCUACGCCUACAUCAAAGAGCAUCCAGAAAUGGCAGCGCUGCUGUUCACCUCCAGUGUAUGCAUUGGACUCCUGUUCACGCUGCUGGCAGUGUCAGUCCGAGUGACCUGCAGAGGGCGUCAGAUCAGAGAUCACAGGCUCGCACCCCAGUCUCGUAGCCAGGCUCGCAACUGCCAGGAGGACGCCAAUGAAGAUGAUGAGGAUGAGGAUGAAGAAGAUGAUGAUGAUGAUGAAGAGGGAACAGAAAGCUCUUUAAUCUCAGCCGCGGAAAGGAAGGCGAUGUACGGCUGGGAGGAAGUGACUUAUGUGAGCGAGGCAGCUGAACGGGCCGAGAGGAUUGAACGCAGAGAGAUGGUCAUACAGGAGAUAUGGAUGAAUGCCUAUCUGAAUGGCAGCUCGUGUUAACUUAACCAGGACCCCCGGAUGCUGUUCAGCACCUUCAGGUUGUUUUCAGGAUACUCUGCCGCAGCUCCUAUUCUUUUUAUUAUUAUUAUUAACAAAACAAGAAGCUUGUUUGUUUUGGUUUUCUUUACAUUGUAAAGCAGUCAUUCAUAUGUUUUGCCAUUUUUGGAGGAGCACUCAGCUUGUGAAGAAUAUAAUGUACAGGUAAAACUGCAGUACUGGAAGCUUAAAGGAUCAACAGGGUUUAAAGCUGUAAAAUGGAUGGUUAGAAAUUCUGUAACUUUAAAUCUUGUAUUUAUUCACAUUCACCACCAAAUGAAGCUAAGAUUUCAGGUUAAAAUACUUUGUACUGCUAAAGAAUAAUGGUAAAAUCACUGAUUUUGAUAGAAGUCUCACAGCUGCCAUGUUCAUUUAAAUCAAGUAAAUUUUAUUCAUAUAUGUCACAAAUUUGCCUCAAGGGUCUUUACAGUCUAUACAGCAUACAGCCCCCUUUAUCCUUCGACCCUCAAUGGGAAGAUGAAGGAAACCUCAAGAGAACCAACAGAGGACAGUUCCCUCUGAUGACAGAUGAUGUGUUUACUGAACAGACCAAGAUAGUAAAAUUACAGUAUGAACAAUCAAAUAACAAAAUAAUCGAUUACUAUUCAUUUCUAAAAUAUAAAUGAAGACUGUAGAUCUAGGAGGAUGUCAAGCAACUUCUCCAUGUAGACCUGGAAGACCAUUCACAUAGGUAGGAGAAAAGAAACUAAUCUGAAUUUCCUGAAGGACGGAGAUCAGGAUCCAAAACAUCUGGAAUGAGAAAUAGGAGCCCUGUAUUCUGAGAGUGGAGAGUACAAGAUGGAAUGUAAGGUUUAAGGAGAUUAGUAGGCCUCACAAUAAUCGAGCCUGGAUGAAACAAAGGAGUAAAUUAGGAUCUCUGCAUCAUCCACAGACAAAAAAGAAGGAGAGGGAAUCGAAUCAUCGGGGAUAGGGCUAGUUUCUGAGACACAACUCUUUUUAGUACUUUUGAAAAGAAUAAAGGUCAGAGAUUAGUUAGUAAUGAAGUUUAACCCUAGCAGUCGAAAGUUGUGAUAAAUAAAGGGAUAAAUUAACAAUAUUCAGCAUUGUAGGUUCCAGUAAUGGCCAGACAUCUUUAAAAAGUUGGAAGGAGGUCAAGGAGGCAGGUAGGACAGCUGCUUUUGAGUAAGUUUAUUGUCACUGAUUAAGCAAGAGAAAUAUGCUGCUUUGGCAGUGGGCAGAGCAUGCUUGUAAUUCAUUACACACUCCUGCCAUGAGAGGUUGAAAACUCUGUUUUGAUUCACGCCACUCGUUCCAAUCUCUUGCAAGCCUGCUUAAAGGACAAGUGUUUUUAACUGAACACUACUCGCGUCUGUAUUAAUUACCUGGGAAUUUGAACAGGCUAUGAAGUGUGGAGGAGACUCGCAAAAAAAACAACCUUAUCUACAACCAGUGUUUGGUUUGUCCGUUCUGGGUUUCUGUAGAAACACGGCUUAACCUCUAAUCCAGCCUGAUGGAAACAAGUAAAGGGUGCUAUCGAUGCAGUGAGUAGAUUAAUGUACAAACUGAGUGAAACCAAAAGUAUCAACAAAAUAGGUGCCAGAAAGUCUUUACUUACAGAAUCAAAGGCCUUAUUCAGGAGAAUACUCAAACCACCAAUAACUAGAAUCUUAUUAUAAUGGGUAACAAGGUCUGAGAUAACAUCUCUAAAUGCUUCUAAUUGGCCUAGAGUACCAUGAGGUGGAGCCUGUUGCUCUGGACCACACAAUUCAUAGUGGAUGGAGAGGGUUUUAAUACAAGUUCAAAUUAGUUGAACUUAAGACUGAAAGGUAUGUGUUCCAAUGUUACCUGCCACAAGUGAUCCCAGUCUCCAUAAAGAAUCAUCUGAGUUGAAUGUAUAACAGGUGGAAUUGUCCUUUCAAUCUACACGACAUCCAGGAUGUUUUCAAGGAACGCAGUGUUCCUUGAAACCAGCCACGCCUCCCUGAAUCACUGCAUCUGCUCUGUCAACUUAACACAGUUCAACCCUCUCUCCUGCUUCCUCAUCCCUGCUGGGACAGGAGUUGGAAUGACCAUCUACCACGUGGCAACUUCCUGCCUCGGAGCAGCAACGACUUUCAGAUGUGCGUAUGAGUGCCACUGACAAAGAGAGGAAAGGUGUAGCAUCCUUGUCCCCGCACUCCGAGGGACGUAACUGUGCUCCAGCUGAAUCACUACCGCUGAGACUUUGUUGAAUAUUAACACGUCCAUACAAAAUUGAACUGUGUAUACACAAGCUACAGUAGAAACCGCUCCAUGGUGUUUUGUUUUCUUACACAAAAAAUGUACAGUAAAUUUAGAUUAAACUUAAAUUUUAUUUUGUUUGCACAGUAACAAUAGUUUGCACAAUAAAAAAUGAACAGGGUUAAAACAAUGGGUAAAGGAAUACAUUUAAGUUCAAAUAAAUCAGGUUUCUCACGA